UUGGCGGCCCGUGAACUCUUCUCAAUACUCUGAUUACUUACAGUGAAGCUUUGGGAAUUUGGAAAAGAGAAAGGAAUCGACUAUGAGAACUCUUGCAAAAUUUAUUUGUCGUUCUCUUUGUAUCUUGCCCAGGCACUUCCAAUCAACUCCGCCAUUCCCACACCCAAUAUUCCACCCUCGAAUUCCAUUUUUCCUACGUUUUUACUCUGCCGAAGUGCAACCUCAACUAUCUACGGAGCUCUUGGGCAUAAUGGAACAGAGACUGUCUGCUAUUGAGUACAGGUCUGCCACUCUCAACAAUCUUCUCAAUCAGCCCGAAAUACCACCAUCAGAAUACGCAAGAGCAAAUAAGGAGCUUCGUAAGCUGAGCAGUUCGUUACAUCUUAUUAACGAGUUGAGGGCUAAACAGAAGGAAAUUGAUGGCUUGAAGUCACUGGUGGCUGAAUGUUCCGAUGACAAAGACAUGCUUAACAUGGCGAUAGAGGAAAUGGGACAGGCCAUAGAGGAAGAACGAAGACUGCAACAUUUGCUGUUGAAGUCCUUACUUCCUAAGGAUGAUGCUGAUGAAAGGGACUGCAUUUUGGAGGUCAGAGCAGGCACUGGUGGGGAGGAGGCUUCUUUGUUUGCAAUGGACAUUUUCAAAAUGUAUGAAAAGUAUGCUCACAAGAAUGGCUGGAAAUUUGUAGUAGUAGAUAUUGCUCAAUCAGAUUUUAAAGGAUACAAGGAAGCUAGUGCAGCAAUUGCAGGAGAUGGUGCUUUUGGGAAACUAAAAUUUGAAAGUGGAAUACAUAGAGUACAGAGAGUUCCUGUGACAGAAAAAUUAGGACGAGUUCAUACCAGUGCUGUUUCUGUCGCAAUCCUCCCUCAGGCUGACGAGGUUGAUGUUCAAUUGAAGAAUGAAGACUUAAAAAUUGAUACCUACAGAUCUGGUGGUUCGGGUGGUCAGCAUGCAAAUACAACAAACAGUGCUGUUAGAAUAACUCACAUUCCGACUGGGAUUACAGUUGCUAUACAAGAUGAGCGCUCUCAACAUCAAAACAAGGCCAAAGCACUUAAAGUACUGUGUGCAAAGCUAUUUGAAAUGGAAAGGGUCCGAGCUCAUAGUACACGAUCAAAACUUCGGUCAGAACAGAUUGGCAGCGGUGAUAGAUCUGAACGCAUCCGGACAUACAACUUUCCUCAAGGUCGUGUCACUGAUCAUAGAGUUGGUAUAACUUAUCACUCAAUAGAUGAUGUGAUGCAAGGUGAGAAUCUUGAGGUAUUUAUUGAUGCUCUUUUAUUGCAAGAAGAAAUGGAUGCAAUUGCAACUUUUAGUUCUUCUCAGUAACACCGACUGAUGGAACCAAGCGUUACUGAUUAGUGACUAUUAGUUCGGGGACUCAUUUUUGUACUUCCCAUGCUGAAAAAGAAAGGUUCUUGUAUUUUGAAUAAGAUAUGCUAGAUUUAGAGAGAAAAAAAAGUUGAAAUUCUGAUAGCAUAGUAUCAAAUGAUGUGUGUAUGAUUAUUUGAUAAUAUAAUUACACGAUAUAUUUGUUCA